AAGAAUUGCCAAAAUACACAUGUUUACAUUCAUUUCUUUGCUCUCGACUCCACUGACAUCUCCUGAUAGGGUUAACGGAUAUUUACUUGAUAACGUAUUGAGUGCAUUCAUAUUGAACUCCUUAAAACAAGGACCGCCUGAUAGAGGCUCUUCUUAACUACAUUUGUUUUAAGCGAAACCUGCCAAAAAACCCAUUGAUGAUUCUUUAGUCAGAUAGAUUGACAAUUAAAGCCACGUCGACAUUUAUCCGAAUAUCUUUAAAAACGGAUAUUUUUAACCCGUUAUCAAGAAGAUUCUCGUCUACACGUAGCUUUUCCGAAUCGUUUUCGCCCAUCCACACGUAGACACGUACCCGUUUUCGAAAAAGUUCCGUUUUCAAGCUCAAACCGCAACGAAAAAAUACAGUUUUCAGAAAUAUCCGGAUACUCAUGGGGGCGGCGCUAUGAUAUAAAACAACAUGUAGCUCUGUCAACACGCACUUAUAUCACACAAGUACAAUAUUACUUUCAUAGGCAGUAGUAGACGUUGAAAAACAAGAUACAAUUUCUAAAUAAUCAUUCUGUUGAAAUUGACAAUCGUUGUACGAUUUUGCAGCACCCUUAUUGAUCAGAGUGUUUCGGGAAGAAUAUUACUGUAAUAUAUUUGGCUAUAGUGACAUUGGUUCUUUGCAAAGUCAACUAAUGAUACCGGAGUUAGAUGCGGAAAAACUGAGUGUCUUUAAGUAAACAAUAAAAAUAAGAAAUAAGUUUCAUUAAUCAAGUUCUCAAGAUAAAAGUUUAUAAGGACUUAAAAGAAGCCGAAAUGGURUUCCACUCAUGGCCCACGGCUGCUGUUUUGAGAUCUACUCCCUGAUUGGUCAAUACUGGAAUGCUUCAAUCAAGGUCUCUUCAUGUUUAAAAGGAAGGUCGGGCCGCACUAUGAUUAAGAAACCAUGAACGAUACAGGAUAAAAUAUUGCUGUAAAUGAAUGAGAACAAACAAUUACUUCGCGUGAAAUCACAGAAGUCAAAAAAAUUACUGUGAAAUUCGACCUUGUCAUCGAACAUUGGAAAGACAUUUUUCUCAAGUCUGCCCUGAUACAUGUAAACCUAUUUGAUUCGCUAGUUGAAGACUUCCACCUGCUUACUGACGCUCACGCUACACGGAAAGGAUGGAUCUAGAGUUUUGAAGAAAAAAAAUACAUGCAAAGUUUAUCAAUUGACUCGCUGCGUUCGGUAAAAACUGAGAAAUCUUUUUUUUUUUGCACAUAAGCAAUUUUCACUUUGGAGCUAAAGCUUAUUUACAAGAAUAUACCUUAAAGGAAAAAUAUUGCGGAUAAUAUAAUCGACGUCUUGGUUGAUGCUUCAUUAGAGUACUAAAAGUGACAAUCUUGAUGCAAAGCGAUAAAAACGAGAGAAUAACUGAUCAAUCUAAGAUAUUUCGUUUGCUGUUUGGAUUAUACUUUGAAGGCGUAAAUUUACUGAGCUGAAAAUUAAGGAUUUUGAUGGUGGAAAAGACAGUAAUUAACGAUCAAGAUAACAAGUUAAACUCGAGAAAAAAUCUUCGAAGGAUCUGGAACAGGGAGAACAUUCUCUUCUCAUAGUCGAUGAGACUGCUCCUUUUAUCUUGAGGAAGCUAGAACACAUAUUGGUAAAGGUGGAUCAGAUAUUGGAGAUAAAGAACAAAAUUCAAAGGUAUUAAUUGCAAGCAUCUGCUUCGACUGUAAGAGGAAAGCCAAGUUCGGAUUCAAGUGAGAUUAUUUUUGUGUCUGAGCCUAAUUGGAAUAAGAACAUAACGAAAGGAAAUCCACGAACACUUUGACAAAUAGCGGGCUGGCUGGUUGAACGUCUAAUCUGAUAAAACGCACGUGUAAUCGCCUGAUUCAUCAGAUAGGGGGUUUUGCACUCACCACGCUACCGCAAGGGAUUUGGGGAUGACUAUAAACAACACGUCGGACACGAUGGAUACACCACCCAGAAGUCAAGGCACAAUGUGGACUGUGGCUUUCGGUUUUGAAGCAUUUGUAAUCGUGGUGGCGAAUAGUCUUACCGUUGCGGUGUUCGCGACUGGUCGUCAAAUGCGCAAACGAAGCACUUACUGCCUGAUCAAUCUAUCGAUGGCUGAUCUACUUGUAGGAGCCGUGCCUAUGCCGAUGUGGGUGUAUCUUGUUGGCGCGCAGUAUCAGUUGUGGGAAUUUUCCUGGGAUAUUCAAUCAUGGAACAAAGUGUAUUUCCCUAUCGAUCAAAUUUGCGCGUUUGCGUCCAUAUUUUGCUUGGUGCUACUCUCCCUGGAACGAAUCUAUGCUACUAUAGCUCCUCUUCAGCAUCGCAGGAUGUCCGGGGGGUGCUAUGCGUUUGCCAUCUCAUUCGUCUGGCUAUUUUCUUGUACGAUUUCACUCUCGUCGUACAUGUCGCUCUCUCUAUUCAACAGCAGAACACUGUCGACAUAUAUCCCAAUGACUGCGCUGUGUAUUUCAGUCAUUCUUCUAUGCAUCGCGUACUCAUCGAUCUGGGUAUCUUUUAGAUGGCAGCGAUUUGAUACAGGAUUUUACAAUGGUCGUGCCAUGCUCUUUGAACGCAAACUUGUCAAGACUUUAUUCAUUGUGACAGCAGCAUCGUUGACUGCUUGGCUCCCGUUUGUCAUCGUUAGUACUGCUGUCAGCUUGCACGAUGUUAACGUGGAUUUCUCGACUGUGCUUGCAGUCAAAAUGCUUCAUUAUACCAAUUCUCUUAUCAAUCCUAUCAUAUAUACAUUUAGAAUGAGGAAUUUUAGACGGGCGUUGUUUGGCUUACUGAAGACAAGGCUAAUAACUAUGAGUUCGUCUACUUUGCACAUCCCCUUGGAAACCCAACGUCAACUGAGAGAGAAGUGUCUGCGCAGACUGGGUUCUUCAGAUACUAAACUCUGAGAUUACCAUACCUCUACUGUCACGACUUGGUAUUUCAUGUAUUUGUUCUAUUUUGUCUUAUUCGGUUGCCCUAUUUCGCUAUGACGUCACGGCUUGUUUAAAGUGCCUAUAACCUUUAUAGGAUUAUGAACAAUUUUGAUUUUCUGUGUGUUGGAGAUGAAUAAACAAAAAAAAAAAUUUUUUUUUCGAUUGACUAAAUAUUCUCGGAGAUAUAACGCCCUAAAGUACAGAAUGGUAAAGAACAAUUCCAAUUUUAGCUAAUUUUACUCUGCAGCUCAGUUGAUAGCUCUGAUAUAUCUGUUUUCAGACGUCAUUAUAUAUACGGUAUUGAGUAGCUGUUAUUGGUUUUCUAAGUUCAAAAACAUACUUUUUCUUGUCAUUUUUCUUGUGUUGUUGCUGUUAGUCUCCAGGACUCAUCCGAUACUGUUUCUUGGCGUAAAAAACAGAAGAUCGUUUUCAUGUGACGUCAUAGUGCAAUUGGACAACACUUAGAUAUAUUUUAUGGGUGAAAUAUUAGCUUGCAAUAUUAUAUCAUUAAUUAAGUUUCGUAAGCCAGGCGUAUUAUUAUAAAGAAAAAAAUAGAAAUAAAGAAGUGAUAACAGAUGUAAAUAGAUGUAAAUAUUCUACCACUUUCUUCUAAAGGGUGAGAUCUAUUCCUUAUAAGCAAAUUAUUCGUUCCUUAUGAGGAUAUAGGUUCCUUAUAAGGGGCAACAUUAUUUCUUAGAGACACACCAUCCAGUCUACACCAUCGUCUGAUGAAGACUAGUAGUUUGCAGUCGAAACGUCGCGGACCUCUACAAAUAACCCUCAAUCGUGAGACAAAUGAAUAAGUAUGAUUUAAAACGAAUGUUAUAUAAUUUUUUUAAUGCUUUUCUGAUAGAGUUUCUUUAUAUAAAAAAUCUUGUAGCUCCUUUAAAGCCCCGUUUA